CUUACCUGCCCAGGUAAGCUCGCAUUUCCAGGCGAGCGGCGGCGCCCGCAGCACCUGUCGCCGGCGCGCGGGCGGGGAGGACGGCGGGGGCCAUGGCCCGGUAGGGUCCCCCGGGCAGGGCGCGCGCGCGCGCGUGGAGUUGAGACGCGGGGUAGGGCUGGGCGAGCGGGGCAGGUGCCCGCGGCGCCCGCUCGGCCUGCGGCGGCCAGCAUGAAAAAAAACCAGACUGUGCAGGGCACUUUCAGCAAACUCUUCGGGAAGAAACACGCUAGCCCCGGCGCCACCUCUCUCUAUGCCACCAACCCGCCCUGGAUUUUCACCCAGGAGGCCCCGGAGACUACGACCCGGGACUUUGAUGGGAUCUACUAUGGGGACCACCGGUUCGACACCGUGAGUGAGUCGGGGACAGCCACGCUGAAAGCUCGGCCCCGAGUGAGGCCCCUGCUGACCUUCCUCCCUCUGAAUGCCCAGGAGAACCAUGGGCUGGCUGUGCCCACACCCUCUGUCCCAGAAGAUUUUGUAGACAAAGCAGUGACAGGCUCCGGCUCACUUGUCAAUGGUAACCUGCGACUCUACAGCUCUGUGGGGGACCUUCGGCCCGUGCACUAUGGCCAGGAUCCACUCAUCCCCCCGCCUCCCCCAGGACCAGCCCCAUGCCCCCCUAAAGAUGUCCCAUCACGUGCUGCUGAGGAGUCCCCACCACCCCCUCCACCUGCCACAGCUCCUCCCCCACCUCCCCUACUGCUGGAACCCCCGCCCCCACCCCCACCCAGCACAGCCCCACCUCCACCCCCAGCCCCAGGGGCCCUGUCCCCCCCAUCCACCCUUUCCUCCCCAUCUACACCCACUCCCCCUGACUUCAUCCCACCUGCCCCGCCCAUGGCCUUUUCAGCCCCACCCCCACCCCCUAUGCCAGCCCCAACACCCCCAGCACCGGCAUCGCCCCGGGCCCAGCUUUUCCCGCCUGGGAGUGUCACCAAGUGGAAAUCAGAGGUGGCUCUGAAUGGCAAGCAGCCAGAGGCCCCCAGAGCCAGCCCUCCAAGGAGCCCAGCAGAACUUAAUGGGAACCACCUGCAGCCCAACGUGGAACCCCACCUCACUUUCCCCCGCGCGUUCAAGGUGCCACCCCCAACCCCAGUCAGGACUUCGUCCAUCCCAGUUCAGGAAGCACAAGGUGCUCCCGCCCAGGAAGAGGGGAUCACUGAGAAGGCUCCCAGCCGGCUUUCACUGCCUCCCACCUUCCACAUCCGCCCCGCAUCCCAGGUCUACCCAGACAAGGCCCCCGACCCAGACCACUCUGGGGAGCUCAAGGUGGAAGCACCCAACAGCCUGAGGCUCUGCCAGUCCCAGACGAAUGAGCAAGUUGCUCCCCCUCCCCCUCCUGCUCCCCCACUCCCUCCUCCUGCUCCGCCUCUUCCUCCAGCUGCCCCACCCCUGCCUUCUGCUGAGAAGGCAGCCCCUGCACCUGCUGGCUUUACGAAAAGCCCUAAAUCCACUUCCCCUGCUCUCAAACCCAAACCCGAAUCCAAACCCCCCAGCCCAGAAGACACAGCCUCAUCAUCGCCCGUGGACUGGCGGGACCCCAGCCAGAUGGAAAAGCUGAGGAGUGAGCUGGCUGCCUACCUCUGUGGCUCCAGGAGAGAAGACCGAUCUCUGGGCCCCAGGCCGGGCCCAACUGUGGCCUCCCAGAGCAGAGAUAAGAGGGGCCCUGACCUUCCGGAGACCGAGGAGUCCCCCUACAGUGUUCCUGGGACGAGUUCCCAUGGUGAGGAUGCCAGCCUGGCCCUGCCCCCUGUGGACUAUGUUCCCCAGGACUCUCCAACUCCCAGUGUCCAGCAGCUUCGGAAUGAACUGGAGGCCCGGCUUUCCUCCUCGGCGCAGAGGGAAGGCAAGCCCAGCCUAGGCUCCCUGCCUCCCAAACCCCGGCUGGAAGGGGGAAGAAUGUUUGAAAACGGGAUGAAUGGCAAAUUCUCCAAACCGGGGACUAAGAAUUCGUCGCCUUUGUCCUCCUCCCCUCUACCAGCCUCACCACUCCAGGCAAAGGCCACGCCUGGGCCAGUCACACCACCCAAGGCCACACCUGGACCAGCCAUACCACCCAAAGCCUCACCUGGUUCAUCCACAUCACCCAAGACUUCACCUGGGCCAGCUACGCCAGUCAAGGCCUCACCAGUCAAGGCCACACCUGGACCAGCCAUUCCACCUAAAGCUUCACCUGGUCCAUCUACAUCACCCAAGACUUCACCUGGGGCAGGUAUACCAGUCAAGGUCUCACCAGUAAAGGAUAUACCUGGACCAGACAAACCUGCCAAGACCCCACCUCAGUCCAUCACAUCGUCUCCACGGAUGGCAGAGAAGUCAAAAUCUGGAGAAGCUGCAGCACCCUCCCCACCAAAGCCACAAGGGUCACCCUUGGGGACCAGAGCCAUCGCCUCUCCUAUGCUCCCCGCAAAGACCUCCCCUCCCGAUCGGGAGGAAGCACCUUUUAUCUAUAAGCCCCAUCGUGGUCAGAACAACCCCAGCCACAAGGUUGCCAUGGUGACACCCACCCUGGCACAAGGAGAGACUUCCGGGUUGGGGGGUCUCACUAAAGUGCCAGAACCCCAGAACCUACCAGCCAAGUCCCCUAUCUCAGCCCAGCUGGCGACAACAGACCAACUCCUGAGACAUCCAGUGACUGGGGAGGUGGUGGAGCAGGGCUCCCCCAUGGCCCUGCUGCUAGCUGCCCGGCAGAGGGCACAGAAGGGGAGGCCUUCAGGAACCCCCGGGCUGGGCCGGUCCUCCCUGCCAGGGAGCCUGCGCAACCACAGCAGCCACAGUCCUGCAGAGGCCAGCUCCGACAGCAUUUUUUACAGCGAGGGCCGCCCCAAUUCCUUCACUGUGGUCCCCAGGUUAGCCAAGGAGGCGGAGAAGGACUCCCGGCCAGCCUCAUCGUCAUCAUCAUCAUUGGUGGGGCAGUCUUCAGUUCCCAAUCAGUGGACGCUCCCACCCAGAAGAGACCCCCAGGACAUGGAGCCCAUCCACCGGUACAAGUUGUCCAAGGCUGAGCCCCAGCCCCUUGUGGCCUGGGAAAGGCCAUCCCCCUGCAACCUGCGCCAAAGCCACCUGCUGCCCAAGUCCUUCUCAUCCCCACCCUCUCCUUCCUUGAAAUGGGAAGAAGAAGAGGAGGAGGAGUUCAACUUUGAGGUCAUCCCACCACCCCCAGAGUUCAGCAAUGACCCUGAGCCCACACCCCCAGCUGUGCAGUAUCAAGGCCGCCGUGGCUCUCCGCCCCAAAAGGACUUCUCAGACUUGGGGCAGCCCCUUGGUGCACCUCCCAGCGGCUUCUCACGCUUCCCCAGGGGAGCUGCACCCUAUUCUGGAGGAGGAACUGAGGGACCAGAGCGCUUCUCCAGCACCGGCCGCUCGCUCAUCAAGAAGCGCUUGUAUGUUGGGGAGACCAACCGCAGCCCCACACAGCCCCCUGGUGGCCCAGGCCGCAGCCUCAGCACCCCCAACUGCUUCGGGCCACAGUCGGGAUCUGGAGGGCCCUUCACUGGGCCUGCGGGCCCCGAGAUGCGCCGUGUCAACUCAGCUGGCCGCAUGGCCCGUGGUGGUCUGCAGGCACCUAGGCCCACCCUGGAGGGCAUUUCCCACGGUGGUGGCACAGCCGAGCCCAAGGCCAGAACUGGCAACGGAGGCAGUGGGGGCAAUGACUACGGCUUCGCUCCAGCGACAGUCAGGUCUGCCCGCAGCAGCCCCCACUAUGGAAGCCCCAUCAACACGUUCACCGUGCGACCGGGGACCCGACAUCCCAUCUCCUAUGCCUACUCAGGGACCCAUCGGAAAGCUGUGCCCUGAGCUGGGGGGUGCUGUGUAACCUCUCCCCACAAGGGGCAUGGGCCCCAGGCACUUGUUUUUGUUGGGGGCAGGGUGGGGGUAGGUGAUGGGAGGGAUGCAGCAAGGGGGGGGCAGGCGGAGUGGGGCACUGAGGAGGCUGCUCCCCGAGAGACGGGUGGUAAAUGAGAAGCAGCCGCCCUGGUCUGGAAUGCCAGGAGGGGCUGGAGGGAGGAGAGGGGCACCUCCAAGGCCCUGACCUUCGGCCCCUGCUCUCUGGUACUAUCUGUUUUAGC